AGGGCAGGACAGCGCGGGGCACGGGGACAACGCGGCUCAGGAGCCGGCGCCGCGGGUAGCUUGGGCCGGGCAGCGCCGUGCGGGUGUGGGCUGAGCACACAUGGAGGGGGGGACGUGUGGUUUUCUUUUAGAUAUUUGGGAAUUUUAUCUAUGUUAAAUGAUGGAAAUGUACACUGAAGGAAAGAAAACCACCCUUGGGUCUUUGGUAUUCAUAUCUGUGUGAAAGAUUCUAGGAUGUUCCAUGAAAACACAUCAGCACAUUGCUUAACUACAGUAACAACAUCUACUGAAGAUGGUGCUUUCCAAACAAAAGGCCCUAAUACAAGAAUCCUUAGCCCGGAAGAAGCAGAGAGACUGGCAAAACAUCAGGUUUUGGUGUCUGACUUCAAACAGCUGAAACUGGAAAAAGAGGCACAAAAGAACUGGGAUCUGUUUUACAAAAGAAACAGCACCAACUUCUUCAAAGACAGACACUGGACAACCAGAGAGUUUGAAGAGUUAAAAGCGUGUCGGGAGUUUGCAGACCAGAAACUGACCAUUUUGGAAGCGGGCUGUGGGGUUGGAAACUGCUUAUUUCCGCUCCUGGAAGAAGAUCUGAAUAUUUUUGCAUAUGCCUGUGAUUUCUCUCCUAGAGCUGUUGAGUAUGUGAAGAAAAACCCCUUAUACGAUACUGAAAGGUGCAAAGUGUUCCAGUGUGACCUUACCAAAGAUGAUCUUCUAGAAAAUAUACCAGCAGAUUCUGUGGAUGUCGUCACCCUUAUAUUUGUGCUUUCUGCCAUUCAUCCUGACAAAAUGCAUCUUGUAUUGAAGAACGUUUACAAGAUAUUAAAACCAGGCAAGUGUGUCUUGUUCAGAGACUACGGACUGUAUGAUCAUGCGAUGCUCAGGUUUAAAUCUGGCAGCAAACUUGGAGAAAACUUCUAUGUUAGGCAAGAUGGGACAAGAUCCUAUUUUUUUACUACAGAGUUCUUGUCUCAGCUCUUCAGGGCAGAGGGAUACGAGGAAGUGGUCAAUGAAUACGUGCACCGAGAAACUGUGAAUAGGAAAGAAGACUUGCGUGUUCCAAGAGUUUUUCUUCAAAGCAAAUUUCAAAAGCCUUUCAGUAAGACAUAAGUUCUUACUGAUUAUCAAUAGCAUCAGUGAUAGCACAUAGUGUUUCCUUGUGGGUGUUCAGCUGUUUGGUAAACCAUAAAUGACUGCAUCCUCUUGGUUUUCAUCCUCGGAUAUGAAAUAUGAAUGUUAAUUCUAAUUAAAACUUAAGAUGGUUUUGCAAAGCAGGAAACUUGAUGAGUACCUGUAUUCCUGUUUUUAAGGUAAAUCCUCUGCAGCACUGUUGGAAUAUCAGAUGAUAUAGACUAAAAAAUGUUUAAUUUGAAGUUCUAGCUUUUAUUAUUAACUGGCACAAUUGUUAUUUCCCUUUUUAUUAAAAGCUAUUUUUAUUAAAAGCUAUAAUAAGCGUUCUUUUUCUA